AUGGAGAUGAAAAAUCCUUAUUAAAAUUGACUUGUUGUUAGAAACAAUGGUCAUCUUGUCUCCAAGUCAACAUGACUUUGUCUCCACUCUCCACCAUUCUUUCUUUCUUCCUAGAUCAAUCAACUUGUACUCACUCACAAACCACUAACACAAACAAAAUGACUACAACUUCAAGAACUAAAACCAGAACCACUCCACUCCUAUCUUUCUUUUUCAUUACUAUUUGUGUCACCUUAUCACAAACCGUUGCAGAUUCACCAUCAAAAGCAACACAAGUUGGCUAUGGCUACACUAUCACAACAGUAAACACUGAUCCCACAACAAAAUCUUUAACUGCUAACCUUAAACUCAUCAAAUCUUCCUCAGUUUAUGGACCUGACAUUCCACUCCUCACACUCACUGCCAGUUUUGAGACUAAGGAUAGAUUAAGAGUAAGAAUCACUGAUUCAAAGAAUCAAAGAUGGGAAAUUCCACAAGAAGUGAUUCCAAGAAAAUCAUCAUCUCAAUCUCACUCUUAUGUCUUUCAAAAUCCUCAAAACUCAAAACACAUACUAACACAUCCAAAUUCAGACCUUAUCUUCACACUUCACAACAAAACUCCAUUUGGUUUCACUAUCACACGCAAAUCCUCCAAAGAUAUACUCUUUAACACUUUACCAGAUGACCCUUUAAACCCCGAAACGUUUCUGGUGUUUAAAGAACAGUACUUACAACUUUCUUCCUCUCUACCUUCAAAAAGAGCUUCACUGUUUGGUUUUGGAGAACAUACAAAGAGUUCCUUUAAGUUACAACCAAACCAAACUUUGACUCUUUGGAAUGAAGAUAUUGGUAGUUCUAAUGUUGAUGUGAAUCUUUAUGGCUCUCAUCCUUUUUAUUUGGAUGUGAGAAAGGGUUCAUCUGAUGGAAGUGUGAAAAGUGGAAGCACACAUGGUGUUUUGCUGCUUAAUAGUAAUGGAAUGGAUGUUGUUUACACCGGUGAUCGUGUUACUUAUAAGGUGAUUGGUGGUGUUUUUGAUUUGUAUUUUUUCGCUGGAUCAUCUCCUGAAUCGGUUGUGGAUCAGUAUACUGAAUUCAUUGGUAGGCCUGCUCCUAUGCCUUAUUGGUCUUUUGGUUUUCAUCAGUGUCGAUGGGGUUACAAGAAUGUAGGUGAUGUCCAAGGUGUGGUAACCAACUAUGCAAAAGCUGGUAUACCCCUUGAAGUUAUGUGGACGGAUAUUGAUUACAUGGAUGCAUAUAAAGAUUUCACACUUGAUCCUGUUAAUUUUCCACAAGAUAAGAUGCGAAACUUUGUUGACACCCUUCACAAAAAUGGUCAGAAAUAUGUCCUUAUCUUGGAUCCAGGCAUCAGUAUAAAUAACACACAUGCAACCUAUGUUAGAGGUUUACAAGCUGAUGUAUAUAUAAAGAGAGAUGGAGUCAAUUAUCUUGGUGAAGUUUGGCCUGGUCAAGUUUACUAUCCUGAUUUUCUUAACCCUCGUAGCCAAGAAUUUUGGGGUGAAGAAAUCAAAUUAUUUAGGGACAUUCUCCCUUUUGAUGGUCUUUGGCUUGACAUGAAUGAGUUAUCGAAUUUCAAAACUUCUAAUGACACUCCACAUUCUAAUCUUGAUAACCCUCCUUACAAAAUUAACAGUAGCGGAGUUCAACAACCGAUUAACACCAAAACAGUUGCAGCAACAUCUUUACAUUAUGGUAAUAUCACCGAGUAUGAUUCGCACAAUUUGUAUGGACUAUUAGAAUCCAAAGCAACUAAUAAGGCUUUAGUGGAUAUAACUGGUAAAAGGCCAUUCAUUUUGAGUAGGUCAACUUUUGUUGGCUCCGGCAAGUAUACGGCUCAUUGGACAGGAGAUAAUGCAGCUACAUGGAAUGAUUUAGCAUACUCAAUUCCAUCAAUAUUGAACUUCGGCAUCUUUGGAGUUCCUAUGGUUGGAGCAGAUAUAUGUGGCUUCGCAGGAAACACAACUGAAGAACUUUGUCGGCGUUGGAUCCAGUUGGGGGCUUUUUACCCAUUUUCAAGAGAUCAUUCAGUUAUAAACUCCACCAGGCAAGAGCUGUACCUUUGGGAUUCAGUUGCAGCAUCAGCUCGAAAAGUGCUGGGCCUUCGUUACCGCCUUCUUCCCUAUUUCUACACACUAAUGUACGAAUCAAACACAAAAGGGACACCAAUUGCGCGACCACUUUUCUUUUCAUUCCCCGAGGAUGUCACCACGUAUGAAAUAAAUUCUCAGUUUCUACUAGGGAAAGGUGUUCUAGUCUCACCAGUGCUACAACCCGGUGCAGUAACCGUUGAUGCAUACUUUCCUAAAGGAAAUUGGUUUGAUCUCUUUAAUCUCUCAAAUUCAGUGAAUGCAAAAUCAGGCAAACAUGUCACACUUGAUGCACCAGCUGAUCACAUAAAUGUGCACGUCGGUGAAGGUAACAUUUUAGCCUUACAAGGUGAAGCAUUGACAACUGAAGCAGCUCGGAACACUUCAUUCGAACUAUUGGUUGUUUUUAGUAGCAAUGGAAAUAGUUAUGGAGAAGUUUAUUUGGAUGAUGGUGAGGCUGUUGAUAUAAAAGGAUCGAAAGCGCAAUGGACACUUGUGAGAUUCUAUGGUACAUUGCAUAAUGAUAGUGUUUCUGUUACUUCUAAUGUUACUAAUGGAAAAUUUGCUUUGGAUAAAAAAUGGAUUAUUGAAAAGGUUACUUUCUUGGGGAUACCUAAACAUGAGAGGUUAGAUAGAAUCGAUUCGGUUGAUACUGAGAGUGAGUUGAAUGUUGUGAAUAGAAUGAAUUCAAUGAGGAAAGAAGUUUUGAAGACAAAAUUUGAUAACUCAUCUCAGUUUGCUAUUGUAGAAGUUUCAAAUUUGAAACACCUUAUUGGAGAGGACUUUAAGUUGGUGACUAAAAUAAGGUAGAAGGGAACUUUGAGAGUGGAAUUAUGAAAUAUAAUUUUUUGUAUUAGAAAUAAAUGUUGCAUAAUAAAUGUAACUUGAAGAUCAAGUUAUCAAUUAUUACAAGAAUUAUGCUCAAUGUAUGGGUUUUGGGAUUGGUAAAAUCAGUACGAAAGAAGGGUGAAUGAUUGUAAAAUGUAUUUUACUCAUUUAUGUCUUC